GAUUCUGACAGCAUCAUUAGGAGAGAAAAGGCAAAGAGCACUCAAAGCAGAAGCCACAGCUCCACCUGCUGCAUUUCUUUUCUAGUCCUGCGAAUCCCACGGUAAACAAGAUGUGCAAAGGACUUGCAGGUCUGCCAGCUUCCUGCUUGAAGAGUGCAAAAGAUAUGAAACAUCGCCUAGGUUUCCUGCUGCAGAAGUCUGAUUCCUGUGAACAUAAUUCUUCCCACAGCAAGAAGGACAAAGUGGUCAUUUGUCAGAGGGUGAGCCAAGAGGAAGUCAAGAAAUGGAGUGAAUCACUGGAAAACCUGAUUAGCCAUGAAUGUGGGUUGGCAGCUUUCAAAGCUUUCUUGAAGUCUGAAUACAGUGAGGAGAACAUUGACUUCUGGAUCAGUUGUGAAGAGUAUAAGAAAAUCAAAUCACCUUCCAAACUAAGUCCCAAGGCCAAAAAGAUCUAUAAUGAAUUCAUCUCAGUCCAAGCAACCAAAGAGGUGAACCUGGAUGCUUGUACCAGGGAGGAGACAAGUCGCAACAUGCUGGAGCCCACGAUAACCUGCUUUGAUGAGGCCCAGAAGAAGAUUUUCAACCUGAUGGAGAAGGAUUCAUACCGCCGCUUCCUCAAAUCCCGAUUCUACCUUGAUUUGGCCAACCCUUGCAGCUGCGGGUCAGAGAAGCAGAAAGGAGCCAAGAGUUCUGCAGACUGUGCUUCUCUGGUCCCCCAGUGUGCCUAACUCCCACCAGGAGGUGGAGGGCUGAAAUGCCAAGACUCUAUGUUCUGGAAAUCUUGAGGCCAAAUACUGAUGUGUAUUAAGCACCAGUGCUUUAACCACGUUGUAGCCUAGUAUUCAUGCUGCCUGGUAUGUGUGAGUCACUCCCAUGUAGAAACUAGAUUUGGUUAGGAUGUUUAGGUGUUCAUAAGGGCAGGACCCCAUUCCAGUCCAAUUUCCCCCAAUUUUUUUUAGGGUGCCAUUUGAGCAAGUAUCCAAAUGUUGGCCUUUUAGGACUGGCUUUUAAGGAUUGUUGGCAGGACUCUCUUCCCAACACUUUGACCUCAGAUUGGUUGAUUGGUACGCUUCAAGUGGCAUCUACACAUGCACAUGUAUUCUGUUAGCCAGCACUUUCUCAAAGCCCUAGAUGUUUAAAUGAGUUUGAUCUAUUAUAAAAGCAGAUGGGAAACACCCUAGGUGCUCAAUAAUUAGAGUGUGUAUAUGCACUUAUAUGUUUGGUCUGACCCCUGAUCUUUCACCCUGCAUACAAACAGAGCAAUCUGAACUGACCACCAUGAGGCUCAGAAAGAAAUACUAACCUGUGAGAAACUGAUUCUAUAAAAUUCCACGGGUCUUGCUGGAGAGGCAUCCAAGGGACUUCAUGCUUAAUUUAAACACUGACAGCCUCCAAGUUGAGCAGUAUUCUAAGGAGCAAAAAUCCUCAAGUAUCACUCACCUGAUUGACACCGAGCUGUCCCUGACUGGUUAUUACUGAUGGCAUUUUUGAGUCUCUUAGCUUCUGGCCUCCCCUUCUUUGCCUGGGUGCUUGGUGCAUGCUUAUAAGCAGCUGGGAUUGGAAAGAGUUGAGAGAUAGGAUGCUUUAGCUGAACAAGGAAAUUCAAUUAGGACCUUGCCAGUUCUACCUACCCCGAGAGACUGGCUAAGUGAGGGCACAGAAUUCAAAGAUUGCUAUUCUUAUCCUCCAUUCUCUUCUCUCCGACUCAAGGUGCUCUUCCAAUUUUUUUUUUUCCUGAGAACUUUAGCCUCAAAUGUGGCUCCUUAGUUCACUUCCCUUCCCCUGCCAUAGACGCUGUAGGCUAUAUGCCUAGGUUUUAAACCAGUAGCAGGCAAACGAUUUUAUUUGAUAAAGGAGAAACAUGUUUUCACUAACUAAAAGCACUCCUGGGUUUUCUCUUUUAUGGUAGAAUCUUAUCCAUUCCAUCCCAAACAUCAGGGCUAAGAGAGACUGGAGGCACUUCUUUCUAGAUCCUGAGACUAAAUGAGAGUGGGAAAAAGAAAAAAGAAGUUAGCCAUCGUUAGAACUACUGUUUGGAACUUUUUCAAGGCAUACUUGAAAUACUUGAAAAUGUCUCAUUUAUGUUAUUUAUGAUGUUUUGUACAAUGCUUUUAUUAUUGUAUUGUUUUAUAAAUGGAGGUGCAGGAUAUCACCUGAAUUAUUAAUGAAUGGCCAGGAAGUAAUUUUCUUCUCAUUCUUCUAAAACUACUGCCUUCUAAAGAGCACACAUACCUAUAUACACACUGCACCAAUUCCUCUAAUAAAAAUUACAUGCAUAAGCACACUUGUGGCUUUUAAGCCAAUAUGCUGGGCAGCAAAAUGAAGACAUUGGAUUGUUUGUAUUCAAGUCUCAUGGUAUUAAAAAUGUAGGUUUUCUCAACUGUGCCCUUCUUGUCUCUCUGACAUUCUUGCUCUCAAUGGACUCAGAGUUCCUCAUCAGAGACCCUUUCUGUUAUACACAAUCCCAGAGUUUUGUCUCUUGUUGACUCCAGGAUCCAAACAUGUAAUUCUCUUGGUCUUGCCCUGUUAAAACUGUCAUGACUUUCGGAUUGUACCUGUACUCACAGCUGCUGUCUCACAUGGGGGUCUGGGAGUCAUUCUGAAUGAGAAGUAAAUUAUUUUAUGUAAUACA